AUGGCUCCCAUCCCGGAGGCCUAUUUCCCGUCCCUGGACAAGUGCUUCUCCGGGGACGUCCAGCUUCUAUCUUGGAGAAGAGCGUUCAUCUAUACCUGCGACCCUGACAAUGAUGUCGACGAUACAGGCAGCUUCCAUGCGUUCCUUUCGCAUCCAGAGAGCACUCGCCUGCUUUCAAAUAGCUUGAAUCCGUUCUCGUCGCCUUCGGCAAAGACAAAGGCCGAUUUCGAGUCCAAGACAGCGGCAAUCCAUGCAGAGACAACUGCCCAAGUUUCUUACGAUCUGAAAGAAAUCAAAGCGGAUACCCUGUGGUUGAGUCAAAAGGCUGGGAUCGACGAGAUAACCGCUCUUCGGAUCACGGUUCUGGAAUGGCAGGAUCGUCCUGCUGCGCGCUUGCUAGCUAGAUUUACUGAGGAGGAAUCAACUAGCCUACAGAGUGCCGCUGGGAUCGACAAUUUACGUGCGUCGCUUGCAGGGCCUGCGUUGAGUGAAGUUCUGCGACAGAAGGCUGGUGACGACUCCGAUUUCUUGUCCGAGGAAAAUAGACGACUUAGAUUGCGCAACCUUUAUCUAUCUGAGAGAAGCCAUCUGUUGAAGACAGCACGCAAACUGCUCGCAUUGUCCCUCCACAACAGCUCUCAGAAUGAUACUGCUCCUCCCGCUUCUCAUGUCAGUGAUCGCACCGAAUCCUUGCGCAAGCUAAGUGCAGCCGUCUUUCAAGAGAAAUCUGCAGGCAGCGAAUGGCGGUCCUUUGUGGAAGCCUGCAUCAAGGCCAUCAAAGAUCGACUUUCCGCAUUAGAAGGAGAUGGGGGCUGGUUGGGUGUCGCUGAGAGCAACGAAGCAGUAGAGAACAUGUGGAGGACGGUCCUUAUUGAAGAGGUCCUGCACGUCACACAAAUGCUCUUCCUCCAACUUCAGGCAUCGGCCGAGAUUCCCACUGCUGAACUAUUGGUAUCUUGGCUCCGUGUCAUGGGUGAUUACAGUUUCCUGGAAUCAGUCCAAGUACCUUGCCAAAACCCCUUGGAGAUACUCUUACCGCUACAGGCUUUCGUCGCUCUGACAACCCUUGCGUUCAUGAAGCUACCACUGGCCAUGCCCUCGAUCAUCAACAAAUCAACACCACCUUCCCAGUCGCCAUAUUUUCUUUCCAAGGGCGAAAUCGGCCAGUUGAACGAAAUAUUUGUAACCGUCGGGCUUGAAUCUAAAACUGCAAAUCCCGCAGCAUUCUCGUGGGGUCUACUUCUACAUACAUUGAGAGAGCUGGCACUUAGCGACAAAGAGACUCGGGAGCUGGAACAGUUCCACAGCGCGGUGGAUUCCUUUCAAUCAAAUACCCCCCACUCAAAUUCAGGCCGAGCUUCAGAGCUCUCCUUGUACGAGGAGUUGCUUGAAUGCGCACGGUCUCCCACUUGCACAGCUGAGGACUCGAUCGCCCUUUUGACUUCGGAUGCUAUGAAGGACAUGAUGUUCGAAGUGAUAGUCGCUUUGGCCACCAACGUUGGUUCAACAUCAGCCGUCGACGACAUCCUUACAGAACGGUGGACACGAGUGGUACUUCUGGAUCUCAUUCGCGUCGUGAGGAUUUACGUGGAGUAUACCCCCGAGAUCGUUGGCUCUGUCUUGGCGAUUCUCAAUGGGCCUCCCACAAAAUCACUUUGUUCUUCACAGUCUCUCUCUGCCGCUACCGACCCGCGAUGGAUUUUCAUGAACGAUGAUUUCCUAAUGGACAAAUUUUUCCGUCUCGCACGCUCACGGUUUCCAUACGAAACGGUGCCAUUCUUGAAGCUCUGCCGAGCGCUCAUUAGCAAAGACAUGGUGAACGAGGAGGGCAUUCCACAAAUCCUCAGCGAGAUGGAGAAUAUGGACACCUUCACACAGAUAGUGCCAUUCGAAUUUCAGGGAUAUGAAACAAUCCGUGAAGAUGAAAAUGCCAAUCUUGUCACCCUCACACAGCCCCUGGCGAUCUUCGAGUCGUCGACGGCGAGGCAAAUUAUGGACCACGAAUCAAGCAAUGCUCUGGUUGUCACAAGCUCAUCACAUGUACCUUCAUCAACUUUAGGACAAGUGAUAUCCGAAGCGAAGCCAGCAGUGAUUAUGUGGUAUCAUGAAUAUUCCUGCCUGAGUUAUCUCGGGAGUUACUUAGAAGAAUGGAAUGAAAACGGUGGGUACUCAUCCGGCGUGGAAGAAGACAACGUUGCGGAGAUUAUAGGUCUUGUGGCGGACCUACUUGUUGCCGCAUGGGUUCAGCCAACGCCAAAUGAGGCAGGCUCUGGCGCCAAACGUAUUUUGGAGGUUGCAAGCGAUGGAUUGGCUCGCGAAAGCGAUAUUAUAUCGUUGAUCUUCGAUAUAUUCGAGCGCAGUCUGCACAAUAUCGGUCCGAGGGCUGGAUUUGACAGCAAAGUAGAGUCGGUCAUCGCCUGCUUACGCUUCAUUCGUGCACUUACACUGGUUUUACCUGGAAGGGUAUGGCCUCUGCUUGCUCGGAGCAGUCUACUCGGGUCAGACGGCAAGGGCGGCGUCAUGACCGCAAUCGUUUCCGCGACUGAAGUGACAUCGGGAGAUUAUCCAUUCCUGCUUGAGUGUGUCAAAUUAUUCCAGGCUGUCGUGGACGACGCAGCAUCGCGCGCGAUGGUGAGGAAAUGCCCGAACAACUUGUCUGGAAAAAUGACGGCUGCCUCUGAAUGGACCUCUGGCGUACCAACUCAUAUCAUGAGAGGUAUCUUAUUGAAUUUUGUGCGGACAAUGGUAGAGGUGUUCAACAGCAACAUCGACUGGCGUUUCAACGCCCCGGAACAAAGGCUCGAGAUCAAUGCCACUCUUGCUAAGACCUUCGAAAGGAUCAUCUAUUAUACCUAUGGGACGAACGAUUCUACCAAACUGGAUUCGAAGGUUACUGGCGUUUUCUCCUCAUCCGCAACAUAUCUUCUGGAUGUGCUACGACCACAGUCCAAGGCAGACCUGCCUUUCAGUCCAAUCCUUCGGUUGAUCGUUGACGGCCUUCAGACGCCGGCUACUUUACAUCUUCGCUACCUCGUGUUGAUGGAGAAGCAGGUGAGAUCGACAUUGGAGUUAACAACCAGACUAUUGGAGGCCGCCCGGUAUCUGGAGCAACCAACCUCGCUACUAGAGGACCAACUAUUCAAGGCCACUCCCGUUCUCGUCAAACUAUAUUCGUUGCUCGAUGCCUACCGCUUACCCGUCAUCUUACUUCUUGAGAUCCUAAUCUCCGGUGCAGCUCUCGACUCCGCGAAUGAACCCCCGUCCUUGGUCGGACACCUUGGAGCGGAGUCCUCCUGCCUCUUCCUCGACGUUCUGUCACAGUUCGACAAACCGUUGAGUGAUCAGAAAUUACACUUAGCGGUAUGGCACUUCCUAUCCACAAUCGUCAGUAAGCGUCAGCAGUGGCUCGCGGUGUAUAUCCUCACUGGAUCGUCUGCCCGGCAGACAAUGAAGAAAACAGAGGCUAGGGGCGGGCCUACCAUGAGGGGAACGCCCUUUCUCCAAAUCGCCCUUGGAAUGCUUUCGAACAUUGAACAAAUGGAUCUUCGCGCAGCACUUUCCUUGCUGGAGUUUGUUUCGUGUGCUCAGGAGAAUUGGCCCUGGGCCACACCAGAGCUGCGAAAAACCCCUCAGUUUUUUAACAGCCUUGUCAACUAUGUCUCGAAAUUGAAAAUUCCAUCAUUACCGGUUCAGGAUCAGAUCUUCGCUACGCGAAUUGCCGCUGUCGUUGCUGACCUUUGUGCUGUCUACCUUCACUCGGCCAAGGAUAUGCAGGAUCGGACUUUUUACAAGACAUUGAUUCCGCUUGUGUUUUGGUACUCGAAAGACGCAGUCGAUGUCUCUGCUUAUAAUACAUCAUUACACGCCAAUUUGAAGAGGAAUUUCGAGAUGAGAUAUUCUGGCUGCAAGCUCGCCGAUUUCAGGAGGACAUCUCUGCAGCCUCGCUCUUUGGGCCGUGACUACUAUUACGACAUUCAAUUAGGAGACAAGCUUCUUUCUUAUGACUUCGCUUGGUCAGGGACUAAGAAUCAAGGAUUUGCCGAGGAAUUCGAACGAGCCAACAUCAAUCUGUCAUUGGUCGAGGCACAGGUGAGCCUCCUCCAUAGCUGGAAGUUCUUCGCGACGGAGCAUUGUACGGACUUCAUGGCGGACCGUGAAGUUCAAAAAUCGAUGGCUUCGGUCGUGCAGAGCUGUCUCGAAGCCAACAUCAAGGGAGUUCCGCAAGAAGCAAUAUUCGAGAAGAUCCAGCAAACAAGGGUAGAAUUUGCACAGGCUUUACUUCAGCGGCUGGUAGAGGCUGGAGCAAAGGGUGCUGAAGUCUUCGGCUUGCUGAGAGUCGUUUGGGAUGCUUUGCGCACUCGCCGCGCAACUUAUGAAGAAGCCUUGGUGAACGACGACGCAGAAUACUAUCGCUCAGUUCUGAAUGUACUCUUCCUUGCGCUGCAGUUCCACCUCGACAGCAGCUCCCGGACGGCGCUUGAAGCAUCGAGCAGGAAAGCAGAGAUCUCGUCCGAUCUGACGUUAGUGAUUGAGAUUGUGAAGACCGUCGUUGCGCACGGUUUCCGGUCGUUGACUACUUAUCUUCAUGACCAACCGGACAAGUGUGAGCCGAAGGAUUUCGCUCUACUGACCGCUAUCCUGCAGACUUCGCUUCAAAUCAAGAAUGCGGAUCGCUUAUACGAGCACAUUGUGUACCACAUUGAAGAUAACGACACGGCUAGGCACGCCAUGUCACUGUUCUCAUGGGCGGAUCAACUAGCGGUGUCUGGGGAUCCCGUGUACGGAGAGCUCAGUAUUCUGUUCCUUGUCAAGCUGUCAACACUGCCGAUGCUAGCGGAACAUUUGGCAGUCGAAGCGGUCUUGACGAGGCUUUCCACCUGCCGGUUGACUAAUGUCUUGCAACAACCCCGAGGCUUUGGACCUUUUGACGCCGUACCCAGAUUGUACACCAUCUGGACAGCGGGAUUCCUUCCACUGUGCUUGAAUCUCCUGUACCACGUCCUCCGCACCGCGCCCGAAGUGGCUGCAUUCCUAAACCAAUUUGAAGGGCAUCUUAAGCGGGCGUCCGAAUCUUUCGUUGCGGACCGCUCAGGCUCUCCAUCACGACGCAUCUGUUUGAGCAUGGCAUCCGAAGCAUACUCGCUUGCGCUCAUUUCCUUCAUCUUGAACCGCUUCCGAGAAGCCGGUCCCAGUGCCGGGGUAGAUGCACAGUCUAUCCAGGACCUCAAGUGGGACAAGACGCAGGUUAAGGAAGAUAUUGAGGAAUUGCUAGAGCGUCGGCAGAGUCUUCGCGCGCGAAUUGUCGCUACGAGCGAAAAAGAAGUGGAGCUGGCACGACAGAAGCCGGUGAACUCUGCCUCGAGCGCAGAGAACCGUCUGGAGGAGAAAAUUGUGAAUGAACUCCAGGCAGCCCUGGUCUGCCUUGGAGGAGAGGAGGCAUAA